AUGCGACAACUGCUACGGAGUAACACUGAACGUUAUGUCGAUAUCAUCUCUGGUGUCAACGAUACCGCCGAGGACCUGAUCAAAUCCAUUGAGGAAGGCCAUGAAGAAGUCUCCCCAUCUACAGUCUUCGCUGUGGCUUGUAUUCUUGACAAGGUCCCCUUCAUCAAUGGUUCUCCUCAGAACACAUUCGUGCCUGGUGAUAUCGAUCUCGCCGAGAAGCACGGUGCAUUCAUUGGUGGUGAUGACUUCAAGUCUGCUCCCAAACAAUUCCGCUCCAAGGAGAUCUCCAUGAGCAACGUCGUCGAUGACAUGGUUGCAGCCAACACCGUCUUGUACAGGAAAGGCGAGCACCCAGACCACUGCGUAGUGAUCAAGUACAUGCCUGCUGUUGGCGACAACAAACGUGCUCUUGACGAGUAUUACGCUGAAAUCUUCUUGGGUGGUCACCAGACAAUCAGCAUCUUCAAUGUCUGCGAGGAUUCCUUGCUAGCAUCUCCGCUUAUCAUUGAUCUGGCUAUUGUCGCCGAGAUGAUGACGCGUAUCUCUUGGAAGACCGAAUCCGCGAAUGACUACAAGGGUUUCCAGAGCGUCUUGAGCAUCUUGAGCUACAUGCUUAAGCAUGACCUUCCGAGUUUCGACAUUCACAUCGAAACUACCCUUCUUGUGACAUUGGCAAAUCACUACAGAGCUAACCACUAUCGUUGA